ACGCGCUCCGCACUCAGUACGCACGAUCGCGAGUUACGCCUCAAACUUUCGUAGUUACAUUUGUGUUUGUGAUACAUUUCGGAUAUAACUAUGCAUCUAAGCUCAGUACAAUUGGCGUGCGCGCUCCUGACGCUGGCGCUCGCCGCGGCGGGCGCGCCCCCCGCGGCGACGCCUCACCACGUCGCCCGCCGCUCUUUCUUCAACCUCCAAUGCAAGGGCGUCUAUGAUGCCGCCAUCUUCGCUCGCCUUGACAGGAUCUGUGACGACUGCUAUAAUCUGUUUAGAGAGGCGCAGCUUUAUACUUUAUGCAGGGCCAAAUGUUUCACCACGCCCUACUUCAAGGGCUGCAUGGAGUCUCUGUACCUCUACGACGAGGAGGAACAAAUAGAUCAAAUGGUGGACUUCGUCGGACGCUAACGCACUCAACGCCAUCUAGCGCGCGGAGCGGUCAACCAGCGCUCACCACACACGCUCCGCGGUCACCAUCGCAAUCCCUGGCCGCGCGGACGCUACCACCUUGCGUACACUGCGGUCAACGCAACCGCGGCGGUCACAGCGGUCGCCACCGCAGAAGCAGAAAGUCACGUUCCUCCUGCUUUCUAUCCUCAACGUAUUCUAGUCUAUUAUGCGGCAUAAAUUUAUUUAUGUUUGCAACUAAUGUAAUGUUAUCAUAAUUCGUAUUUAAGGACAUUUAUUAUUAUGUAUUUUAUUAAACGAAAUGUAUAUUUUAUUAAGUGUUGUGUGUAAGCUUAGCCAAGAAGUAGUACAUAAAUCAGUCCACCUCCUAGGUACUGUCUGACAGCUUCCCGAUGAUGCUGGCCAUCUGACUCGAACGAAUUCGCGACGCAUUCCAAAACCAGUAUUUUUAAAAUCCUACGCUUUUUUUUACUGUUUAAAUGACUAAACAUAGACCUAAUAUACAUGUACGCUGUAGUGAUAAGAAUCACACAAGUGGCUUAACGUUAUAUAUUGUCAACUAGGUAUUACAUUAUUAACGCCCCAACAUUUUCCCAUUACUAAUUUACAAUUUAAAUUUAGAUUUUAUAAGUAUAAUGAACAAAAUAAAUUAUUUAAAGUCCCAGUAUCACAUACCAUAUCCUAUUUAAAUACAUUAAAUAAACUCUAAACAGACGUUAUAAUCAUCACAAAGUAUUUUAAAUAAAACUGUUGUCUGUUUAUUGCUUUUGUACUGGAAAUAAUUAUUUUUCGCUGUAAUUAAAUUCUUCGCUUAACCGUUUAGUGUUAAAGGGAGCGAGGUUGAAUUUAUUUAGUUAUUUAAUUUAGUUUUAAGUAUUUAUAAAGAUUUAUUUUUAUAUACUUCCGAACUAUUUAUUGUUAUGAUUUUAUUUAUUUGCACAACGGAAUAUGCAGCUAUAGAGGUGUCAGUUGACGGAGUAUUUUAAUCGGUAUUAUUUAAAAAAUAUUUUUUAAAUGUAAAACCUGUAUUUUGUCUCACAAGGUGCUAAUUAUGCGAAAAUAUAAUAACUAAACAUGUUAAUUCUUAAAUAAAUCAAACUGAAAUUCAAUUGUUACUAUCACCUAUUUAUAUACUGAUAUACACAGCGGUUUAUACUUAUUUAACAAAUCUUUCGCUUGUCUCUCCGAAUCUCACUUUAAUUCUAUUAGCUAAAUAAAUAAAAUAAUGUAUUUAUUGAUAACCCAACAAAUACAUUAUUUAGUUAGAUUUGCGCAUUGCGUAUAUGUAGGACCGAGGUGCCAAUAACCGUAGUAAAUAUUGGUUAAAGAUAUGUAGAGGACCUGUGGUAUUAAUGUAAAGAAUAUAAAUUUAGUAAAGUGUACUGUAUUUGUAUUAAUUUUAUAAAAACAGCCAAGAAACGCUACGGGUUCCGUGAAAUAUAUUUCAUUUCGAAAAUCA